AGCCAUUUGGGCUUAAAUUAUUUCACUGAAAUAUUGGCGGGCGUCUCCGACGAGGCAAGCAUCCAGGACCAUACAUGGCGGCUGACGAUGCGAUGAUCGACUUGGCCGGCAGUCCGAAGCGCGCGCCUGAUGCAUCCGCCCUUGCGGAGCAGAAACCGGCGAGCGCCAUCAGCGCCUUCGAUCCGUUCGUUGCAGGCGCCUCGCCGGCGCCGAAGGCCGACGCCGCCGGCUCCAGCAGCUUGGGGAUGCCCGCCGAGAUCGCGGCGGCCUUCGAGGCAAACAAGGCUGGCGGCACCGCGGCGCCGCAGGCCUCUGCGCAGCCGACUACCUCGCCCGACGCGCUGAUGCAGGCAAUCCUGGAGGACGCGAAGAGGAUGCGCGAGCAGAGCGGCUCGAAGGGCGACGAUCCUUUCGCGGGCAUGGAGUAGGCAGCGGAUUAAGAUGUCCAGCGGGGCCCGGCGCAGUUUAAGAUAUGGGAGGUCUGCCACAGCGUAGGCUUUGAGGUUUACAGCCUCGUGAACGAGCUUAGGGUGGAUGCUAGCGCAAGACCGCUGUCGUCACGAGCCCUUCUGUCAGACCACAAGGAUGCCCUCGCAUUAAGGGCGCUCCAGCAAGCGGGUGCAGGGCGCCGACGCCGCGUCCAGGCUUGCAUAGACACGGCAUUUGAAGAUCUAUUUGUCGAACAGUUUGUUUCAAUGCGCAUCAUGCUAGGUGCCUAAUACAGACGUUGCCGAAUUUUCAACAGCUGGACUUUUAAAGGUGCGGCACAAAAUGCGACGCAGUUGGCAUGGACGAGUUCCCUUGCCAUCAGUUGGCUAGGCGGCACUUUCCACAUGGCAGCAACUCACCCGCGUUGGCUGCCGCAGGUGUAUGCGUAGAAGCCGCUCGUUUUCUGCAAGUUGUCCCAGCCUAGGCACUCAAGAUCUCGGAGAUUCGACGCGAUCUCCACGCACCGGUGCGGCUACCAGCACAACCGGCCAUCAAUCAACCGAUCGAUCACGUUUCUUUCUUCGCAUGUUCUCAAAUCGCGCGGCAAACGUGGAACCGCCCGCGCCAGCGGCCCUGCGAAGGAUUAGCUUGGAAGAGCGCCCGGGCACGAAGCGGCGCCCGUCUCCCACUGUCGCCGCCGGACGCGCGAGCCAAAGUGCGGCGCGUCAAUGACCUGGCCCGUGGCGCGCGCCUGCGCGCGCUGCCGACGUUGAGUGGCGAAUGUCAUUCGAUGAUUCUCUUUGGGCGUUGCAGUCUGCAGCUCGUUGAAGACGGUCGUUUUGUUCCUUUGUUAUAAUUUCUUCCCUGUCUGCGCGGGUGCCGAACCUGUUUGGGCGCGUUCCAAUCGUUCUGGCGGCAAUUCCCACAUUGCGCGGGCAACCUCUGCCGCCCGGGCACAUGGAACGGGGGGCGCGCGAUCCCUGAUGGACACAGUGGCACCCCGGCGGCCGCCGCGCUCCGUCGCGGCCCCCAUCGGGAGGGCAGCGGGGGAGCGCGAGGGGAAAGAACGCGAAG